UCGCUGUGAAUAAACAACUCUUUAUACUAGUGUGGAAAAGAGAAAAUAAUAUUUUCAGCUCGUUACAUUAUCUAACUGAAACCUUUUUAGUAACUAGGUCUAUUAGGACAGUGAUAACCCUUGAUUGUGAAUGUUCUUACUUUGAAGAUAGUUUGUAUUUUAUUGAAUAAUAUGGAUAUGGAUAUUAAUAAAAAAGAACUAGAUGCACACGCCUACAAUCCUUUCGAGCAUCGGCAUGUUAAGAAACCGAAUUCAGAUAUCAGAUCACUAGCCAAUUUGCUAAAGGCUUCAUUAGGUUCUGGUAUUCUUGCAAUACCGCUAGCAUUUGCCAAUGCAGGAUGGGGGGUCGCUAUCGUCGGGACAGUCAUCAUAGCCUUCAUCUGUGGACACUGCGUUCAUAUAUUUGUGAAUGUGUCCAGAGUAUGCUGUAAGGCAGUUCGGAAACCUUUAUUAGGUUAUGCAGAAACGUGUCAAGUAGCAUUUGCUAUAGGUCCGAAAAGGCUGAGACCUUUAGCAAAAGCUGCAGGUUUAUUCGCUGAAUUUUCCCUGGUCUUCACUUACGUUGGAGUUUGCUGCAUUUUCACAGUUUUAAUAGCUGAUUCAAUCAAACAAUUACUGGAUCAAUAUGUACCGGGAUACAUUCUACCCGUUGAAUACUACUGCCUGAUUCUUCUUGUUCCUCUUUGUUUGAUGGUACAGAUAAGAUAUCUGAAAUGGUUGGCGCCAAUCUCUUUGACGGCAAACUUGUUACUGGUGGCGACAUUCGCGAUUUGCAUUUACUAUAUUUUCAAAGAUGAAAUAACUAUCUCUGAUAAACAAGUCGUUGGAUACCCUGCUAGAUUUCCCGCGUUUCUUUCCACAGUUAUAUUCGCAAUGGAAGGAAUCGGUGUGGUAAUGCCCGUAGAGAACGAGAUGAAGAAACCUGAGCACUUUCUCGGCUGCCCCAGCGUGUUGGUCUUGGCAAUGUCCUUCAUCAUGCUGUUGUACUGCAUCUUGGGACUGUUCGGAUACUUCAGAUAUGGCGAUGCCUUGAGGGGAUCCAUAACUUUGAAUCUGCCAUUGGACGAUUGGCCAGCAAUAUGCGCAAAGGCCUUCAUAGCUAUAUCAAUAUUUUGCACAUACCCUUUACAUUUCUACGUGGUGGUCGACGUUUUAUCUAGGCAUUUAAAGUCACACAUAAAGAAGCAGAACAUGAAUAAAGCGCAAAUAAUUAUGAGAAUAACUAUUGUCUGUAUAUGUGGCGGAAUAGGCGUAGCUCUUCCAAUGCUGGAGGAAAUUAUUAACAUCGUCGGAGCGCUCUUCUACUCCAUCCUAGGGCUGAUAAUCCCCGGCGUAGUCGAAACUGUCUGCAGAUGGGAACACCUCGGCAAAUUCAACUGGAUCUUAUGGAAGAACAUUCUAAUCGUACUCUUCGGUCUUUGCAGCCUUAUAUCUGGAAUGAUGGUUACAAUAUCCGAUAUAAUUGUUAAGCUGGAUCAAGAAACUGAAUAAAAAGUAGUUUGAA